GGCAGACGCGACUACCUGCCAGCUUUUGUGUGAACCACCUGUGGAAAAUGUGACAUUGUUCAGUGGGAAAAAGUGACCAGUUUCAGACACGGACAAGUGAAAUGUGAUUUAUUACCGAUUUUGGGGACGCUCGAAUUUUGGCAAAAUGGCCGACGCCGCCGCCAGCAGCCAACCGGAAGACCGCCCGCUCGCGCUCUCGCGUCGCGAAUUUCCCUCCCGGAGUUCCUCCGGGAGCCGCUCCUACGACCCCCAACUCUAUCAACUCCCCCUCCCUGCCACCAUGAGCCACCACCGCGAAUCCUCAGCCUUCGUUCCGGUCGUACCCUCCCGGAACAUGCACCCCAUGUUGUACCCCAGCGACAUGCACCCGCUCCUCCUCGACGAGCGCCCGGAAUCGGGUAAAACCCCCGACGGCUCCUCGUCGCUCUACCUCCGGAAAUCCACCAGUUUCGAGCUUAUGGUCAUGAUGAACGAUAAGAAAAAGGAACUGCAGAUGCAGAGAGAGGCGGCGGCGCAUGCCGCCGCUCUCAUGUUACCGCGGCCCGGACCGCCCCCCGGAUUACUCGAGUCGGGGUCGUCCGGGCAGGGGUAUCCCGGAUUCCUGCCGAAUAAUCCGGGGAGUGCGUCGUUUGCGUUCCCGAGCUUUCAACCGGGGCCCCCGCAGAUGCACGCGCAUUUGGACCGGAGGCUGCUAAGGGCUCCCGGAAGGGCCUCCAGGCCCAAGAAACAGUUCAUUUGCAAAUUUUGCAAUAGACAGUUUACCAAGAGUUAUAAUUUGUUGAUUCAUGAGAGGACGCAUACGGAUGAAAGGCCCUACUCGUGCGAUAUCUGCGGGAAGGCCUUCAGGAGGCAGGACCACCUGAGAGAUCACAGAUACAUCCACAGCAAGGAGAAACCUUUCAAAUGCGGCGAAUGCGGCAAAGGCUUCUGCCAGAGCCGGACUCUGGCCGUGCACAAGAUCCUCCACAUGGAGGAGUCCCCCCACAAGUGCCCCGUCUGCUCCCGCUCGUUCAACCAGCGCUCCAACCUCAAGACGCACCUCCUGACCCACACCGACCACAAGCCCUACGAGUGCAACUCCUGCGGGAAGGUCUUCCGCCGCAACUGCGACCUGCGCCGGCACGCCCUCACGCACGCCGUGGGCGACGUCCCGUCGGACGGCCUCGGCGACGGCUUCGCCCCGGAGCGCGCCCGGAGCCCGGACCCGGAGGCCCCCGACCGGACGCAGUGCCACGAGCCCGCGCCGUACACCAUGCGGCCCAACCCGGACCGAAGCUUCCCUCCGGAAAUCGACGACGAGGACGAGCUGGACGAGGACCCGGAGAUCGAUCCGGGCCAGGAGGACCGGCCGGAGACCGAGCCGGAGCCGCCCCCUCACCACCCCCAGCUGCAGAUCCGGCGCGACCUGCACCAGGUCAAGCCCUCGACGGUGACCAGUGGGGCGCUGGUGGAACAGAACUUCCUGGAGAACUUCCGGAAGAGGCACUUGGAGGCGGAACGGCCCGCGUAUCCGCCACAUAUGAAGCUGAGGCUUAUGCAGCCUAUGCCGCACCUGGUGCCCCAGAUGGAGGCCCCAGGGACGAGCAACAUGGCGAGUGACCUCUCCAUGAAGAAGGAGGAAGUGCCGCCCCCGAGGCCGCCCCCUAAUCCGCCCAAAAAGACUGGAUUCACGAUAGAGGAUAUCAUGCGGAGGUAAUUCGGACAAGUUCCUUGUAAAUAUGUGAUUUUGUAUAUAAGGGACUAGAACUCGCAAUGACCAGUCAGGAUUUUUCGAGAAGGGAGCAAAUUAGCUUUAAUUUUUUUGUAUUUUGGUUUUUCAAAAAUUACGUACUUGGUUUUGUCGUUUUUUACUACAUACAGGCAGUGGCGGUUUCACAGCUAAGGUAGGUGAAGUACCAAAAAUGCGCGGAAAAUUUCAAAAUUUCAACUCCGUUAUUGGAAUUUUUUCGCAAAAAAGUGAGUUUUACGCUUCAAAGAACGAACCAAAAAACUUGACUUGUGACGAACUUACUUGAGAGAAAUAAGCUCGCUUAUAAACAAAAAUUAAAUUAAAUUUAUAAGUGGGUUUUUAACGCAAAAAAUGCUUGAAAAAGAAAAUAUUAAUGACAUUUUUUGUUUUCACUGAUUACUUUUUGAUCAAUUUGCUUAAAAGCAUGAAAAAUAAAACUUAGUUUCAAAGUAAAUACUUAAAAAAUGCCAAAAUGGGUGUUUUUUGACUUGUUUUUGCUUGAAAACAUGCAAAUAGUUAAAAAGAUCAAAAGGCUUUUAUUGGCAAUAAUUUCUUGGUCUGUUUGAUCAAAAUGUCGCCAAAACUGCUUUAAAUUAAAAUUUUGAUAAUAUGGUUAUCCACGUUGUUUUUUUCACAUUUUCUAUGGAUAUUUUGAAAAAAACGAGCUGAAAGCGAAUUAAAUAAUUAGUUUUCAUCUGAAUUUUUGAUAUAAUUAGAAGAUUUUAACUCAAUUUAUCGAACAAAUUAAGUUUUUUGUUCAAAAAAUUAGCUAAAAGAACAUCUAUUUCAAUAGAAUUUGUUAUUUUUUUAUGAAAUUUCUUAAAAUAAGUAAGUUUCUCGCUCCAAAAAGAUUGAGUUAAAAAAGUAACUUUUAUGACGAAAUUACUCAAAAGAAGUAAGCUUGCUGACAAAGAGAACUUUCGUUUUGUUAAAUUUAUGCAGAAUAAGUGAGUUUUUAACACAAAAAAAUGAUUGAAAAAGAAAAAAAUUAAUAUUAUUUUUUAUUUUUAUUGAUAAGUUUUUGGUCUAUCUAGGCAAAAUUUUGAGAGUAAAAACAAAAAUAAUAAUUUUCUAACAUUCUAAAAGGAUACAAAUCUCUAUUUAAUUGUGCCAUUUUUUCACGAAACUUAAAAAUUCAGUAAAUAGGGUAAAAAAAUAACCCUUUUUUGACUUUUAUUUCAGUUUUUUAGCUGUUCUAGAGAAUUUUUUGGAAUUUUUGGUUCAAAGAUAUAUUAAAAUGAUAACAUAUAAUAGCAAAAAUAAGGAAAUUUUUGACUUUCAUGGAUACAGUCAAACAAGCUCUAUUUACUCUGACUAAAAUUUUACAUCAAAAAAUGCCAAAAAAAUUUUAUUUUGAAAAUCUACGUGGUUUUUCUUACAUCUUUCAAAAAACGAGCUAAAAUCCAAAUAAAUAAAUAAUUUUUGACCGAGUUCGUGAUGUAUUAUCUCACUUAAACUCGUCCAAAUAAUGAGCUAAAAAAACAUUUAUUUCUAUGGAAUUUGUUUAAUUUUUUGGUGAAUUUUUUCAAAAUACGUAGGUUUCUCUACUAAAAACAAACAAAAAAAUGGUAAAAUAGUGUUACUUACUGCAGAAAAAAAAAUGUCAUCUUCAUGACCGACAACUUUCCGGUUUACGCAAAAUUUUGAAAAAAAGCCAAUUUAUGAUUAAAAACGUUUUUUAGGCAGUUGGAAAAAUCAAUAAUAAUAAUUUUGAAUCUAAUUAUGUGGUUACUGAUUAUUCAGCAUUUUUAGAGACGUUGCCAAAAGAGUGAAAACUUUUACUUGAUUGACAAUUUUUGAAAUUUUUUGUUUGAAAUUUUGCAAACUAAGUUUCCUUGCUUUAAAAAAAUAAUUCUGUAAAAAAGUUUUUUCUGACUUUUAUGUGUGAAUGUUUAACUUGUUUCAGAGAAUUUUUUGAACUUUUUGGUUUAAAGAUUUGUGUCAACGUGAUCCAAAAAAAAACAAUUAUCGUACCUAUUUUCGAAAAUUGUGAUUUUGGCAGUAUUUUGUUGUUUUGCGCUUUUUUUGAAGUAAAGUUUUUUUAUAUUAUUUUCGAUCUUAAUUCAAAAGUUCUUGACGUAUUACAAGAAAUUUACUAACAGAUAAUUUCUUAGCCCGAAAUAAUCUAAUUAGGUGAUUUUUUGGAUAGUUUUUAUAAAAUUUUGAUGUCUUGUAUAUUUUUAGCGUAAAAAAUUGCGAAAAAUCUAAAACUCACCUUUUGAAACUCUUCACCUAUUCACUUUCAAGCCGCCACUGUAAUACCGGCUGUCCCAACAAACGUGAUUUUUGGGCAAAAAUAAUUUCUCUUUACAAGAAUUGUUCGCAAAAUAAAAAACAAGAUACAGAGUGAUUUAUUUUAUCUGUGCUUUUGCAAUACAGACUAACUUUAAUUAGUGUAAAAAUGCUCGUUUCGAUUAUCUGAAAAUAGUGAUGUAAUUUUAGUUGGGACACCCGUGUGCCUUGUAAACUUGCCAUUAAAAAUGUCUUUGUAUUAGUUGUAAAUGACUGGCUUAGUGUACAUUACUUUAAGUAUUUUGGGCCUCUUUGUAAAUACGGCCCUAAAAAGUGUUACGGUACAAAUAUAAGUUAUUUCCUCGGCGACUUGAUGAGAUCAAGGACCUGAAUCGAAUGUACUAAGUGGAUCUCCGAUUUGAGGUUUGAUGUGUUUUAAUUAGUUUUUAGGAAAUAUUUUUUAGUUUGUUAGUUGAUAGUGAUGUAUAUUUGAAAUUUUGAAUAAAGUAUUUUAUGUAAA